AUGGACUUAUUUCGGAUAACAGCAGACGAAGCUUGGAAUCAACUUACUGCUUUGAAACAGAUCAGAUAUAAAAGGGAAACAAUGCGCGAAAGAUUUAUCAGAAAGUUUGCUACACUUCGUAGGCUGCGAGAGAGUGCUAGUUCUCCUAAAUGCGAGUGUGAUGUCAACAACAACUGUCCACCGGGACCUCCAGGGCCACCAGGCGAACCGGGCCUAGACGGGUUGCCGGGUUCAGAUGGUCUGCCGGGAUUCCCAGGAUUGCCAGGAACCAUUCCUCAAGUCGAAAUAAAUCCGGAACUAAAAUGUCGCGUGUGUCCAAAAGGCCCACCUGGGCCUCUCGGUAGUCCUGGAAUUGCGGGCCCGCCAGGAGAAGACGGUCUGCCUGGACCACCGGGAUUAACGGGGCUGCCUGGUCCUCAAGGCCCUAUAGGUGAAACCGGAGAACCGGGAGUAACUGGAUUGCCUGGUCGACCUGGAGAUGCAGGACCAAAGGGAGAAGAUGGCGUUAAAGGAGAAAAAGGACCACCUGGCGCGCAGGGCAGUCCAGGAAUUCCUGGAAUAGCUGGUCCAAGAGGUCCUCUUGGAGUUGACGGAAAACCAGGAAGUGAUGGAAAGCCAGGGCCCCCGGGAGAUAUGGGUGAGAUUGGGAAACCAGGACUACCAGGAGUGCCAGGAGAACCAGGACCACCAGCAAUUGCCGGCUUUGAUGCUUUGUACUGUCCGUGCCCAAGACGAAGCAUUGGUGUCGAUCGUCCCACAACGAGAACUGCUACGGUUAGAAGACCGACGCCACCACCAUACAAUCGUCCAGAGCCUUUUCCAAGCUUUGCAGUUUCGAGACCUCGGCCUUACACAGAACCUAAAGACGAAUAUGUGUAUCCGCGUCCUAACCCUUAUGGUUCAUCUCAGACUGCAGACAUUUAUUCGCAAACGCCUAACGUGUAUGGUGGUCCCAUGGGUCCAUAUGAGCAGUAUAUUCAACCGCCAACAUAUAGGCCUUAUGAGGGAGUUCGUCAAAAUUACGCCAAUCCCUAUGGAAAGAAAUGA